AUGUUGCUCCGACUCUUUGCCGUUCUCUGCUUGAGCUUGGCAAGAACUGCUCCGAUUGAUGUCGAUUCACAUAUGUCCUUGCUAUUUGGCCAUGAUCGAAAUCUCAGCGAAGCUGCAAAGUACAUGGCACUGGCUGCAGAGAAGGGCUGUGGCCGUUGCUUUUUCUACCUGGGUGCGAUGCUCGCCUUGGGUGAGCCAGAGACAAAUGUCUCGGCUCGCUUCAAGGUCUUAUCGGACGGGAACAUCGAAUUUCGGUGGGCACGUGGACUGGCUCGAGCCGAAGGCUUAGCUUCCAGCUCCAUGUUGGACCGACCAGCCAUCGCAUACUACGUGGGUGCACAGAAGGGGGAUCCCUUGGCAGUUCUCGCGUUCUCGUACUACGUCCUAAAUCGUUUGACCCUGGGAUCCCCCGGAGCCGCCUGGUGGAUCGCCGGCGAGCGGCCGCAAGCCACCCAUGCCUUGCGCCGCAAGCCAUGGAGAGAAGAGGCGACACCUGCGCUCUGCCAAUUGAUUCUACGUACUUUGGAAAAUGUGGCAGAAACCGCCGCUCGAAAUGAGGACGGGGCCACAGAUUCAAGUGAUCUUCACUUCUUUGUGCAAAAUGCUAGCGAAGUACAACGUGCCAAAAAGGAGCAUGCAGACUGGAUUCGAGCUCGUUCGAAGGAUGGCUACAAGGAAGCUGAGGUGGUCGAAGCCGCGUAUUUGUUUCAUGGUGAUGCAGAUUUGAACCUCACCCGAAACGUCUCACGAGCUCUCGAAUUGUUUGAUGCUGCUGCGAGUACAACCACAGAAGCUGCCUGGAAUUCUAUGCUGUUGCAUGCGCGUGAAGGGCAUGAGUCAAAGAUUAUCCAACAUGCGCAGAACAUUAUUCAGGACCGAGAACACCUGAUCCAGACGCAACAGCACUGCAGAAGACCAUGGCGCAGCAUUACCUCCAUCGUUUUGGCGCUGACGACACGACCCAACAGCACGCGCGCAGGGGUGUACUUGUUGGCAGCCGCUGAAUUAGGAGACUCCAAUGCUCAGCAGAUGAUUGCUCAUGCCUAUGCAGGGCUAGAGCUCCCGGAGUUGGAGAAUGUCAAAAUCCCUGGUGCUCCCAAUACAAAGCGGGCCAUGCAUUUCUACAUGAAAGCCGCCAAGCAGGGAAGGCCCGUCUCAGCCGUGAAUGCCGUCUCUCUGAUGUUGCGUAACCCAGAAGGUCAACGCUCUACGGCAGAUGAUCGCUGCCGGGGAGCUGUAGAGACGUUGCGAGAUGUGGCCCUGGCAUAUCACCCAGAAGUCCUCCAGCUGCAUGGUCGUGCUCGACAUGCCUUUGACAGUGGUGAUGAAGAGGGCACGAUGGAGCUAGAUGCUGAUAACGAUGGCAACAUCUCGCCGGAUGAGUUGAUGUUGGACUUCGGGGGUAUCCACAUGCGGGCAGACAUCAUGCUGGAGCGGAUGAAAUUGGAAGAUGGACUACUUGGAUUCAUCCAACAGAUGCCGCUCUUUUUGCUGUGCCUCAUUUGCUUCCUGGUCGCCAUCAGUAUCCUAAGUCCAGCAGAAGAGACUUCUGCGAUCCAUCAACACUUGGAGGCGCACUUCGGCCUUGGGGAUGUAGGGAACAUCAAAGAUGUGGCGGGAAUCUAUGCCUUUGUGACGGCCUUUGAGCAGAAAAACUUGGAGAUGAUGCCAACUUCUGCAGACUAUUGGUGUGAACAUCGAUAUUACCAAUAUGCUUGGAAUGAUCACUACCAGAUUCCAACCUCUACCUGCAACAGCCCCAGGUACACAGCACUUGGUUUACAAAGUGCCCCAGUUUGGACCAACGGUAGUGGGACUUCAAGUUCCGGCCACAGGCGGUUGGCAGGAUCUCACACAGACACAGAUGGUCCAACGGCAACACAUGACAAUCCACCUUGUGAGGACAAUGACACGGCCUACGCACUUGAAGAAGACAAACCCAACAUUACAUGUGAAGAGGAUGCAAGCCACGCAUGCGGCAUUGAUCUCGGCAUCUUGCUUUGCCCAAAGACGUGUGGAUAUUGUGCUCCCUUUGAGUAUGAGAGUUUGAAGAGGUUCGGAAAGCCGCAGCUUACACUGCUUCCUUCUGUCCUUUUCCAGACCCGUCUGGAAGAGACAGCGUGCCAUGGCUUUGCAGCAACCAUUCAGGUUCAGAACUACAAUCCUUUGCUUUCCCUCUUACCCGCACUGGAUGGAAAGAAAAAAGGCACCAUCUUGAAAUGCAUUGACCGCAAUCAACAACAGACGUCAGAGUAUGCCUUGUAUCUUGACUGUCCUGACCAUACCCCUUCACACCGUUGCGUUGACGGAAAGGUUGGCAUCGGUACCAAGCAAAGUUUUCAUGGAGAGACAGUAUAUGCAGAGAUGCUCAUUGAAAGCAGCAAGCUCUUGACGGGAAUGCAGAAGGUAGGAUGGAUUGACAUCCAAACAGAUCGGGUUUGCGUCAGUACCAUGGUCUACACGGAAGGUGUGGAGAUGUUCACUUCACUGACAGUUGAGUUCAGUUUUGAUGAAGCUGGCAAUGUGGAGGGAGCAGUGCACAUGAUUACCUAUCGGGACCUGACCCGGGAAGCGGCCUCGGACUUUGCUGGCUGUUUGAUCACAACAUGUGUUGGUGCUUUCAUUAGCAUUGUGUCCCUGGUGGCCUAUUUGUGCUGCCAUCCAGAGCAAUACAACUUGGGGCUGAUGCUCUAUGAGAUCAUCUCGCGCUUGGUUCUGUUCAUCUACCCCUUGAUCUUGCUCAUCUCUUGGACGCAACAGCAACUGAUGUCCCAUGAGUAUGACCUCCUGAUGCAAGCCUUCAUGCAUAAUGAAGGAAUGGAUGCUGAGCAUGUGAAGCACAGCGUGGCGGAAUAUUUCAAGGUGAAGACUGUGAUCUAUGAAGAAGCCGACUGGCUGGAACGUCAUCGCAUCGCCGCUUACAUUGUUCUCUAUGUGCAGUUUCUGCAAAUGGUGCUUGCUUUCAAUGUGCACCCUAGGGUUGCAAUGCUGACAUCUACUAUUCAGAAGGCCUUGCACAACAUGAUGCAUUUCUUCUUCGUCUUCGCCAUCCUGUUUUUAAUGCUCGCCUUCAUGGCAAACUUCUUGCUCGGCGGGAGGAUCCAUCUAUUUGGCACCUUUGGGGAAGCAUGUUCCGCACAGGUUCGAAUGCUCUUCGGAGAGUUCAUAUACGCGGAUGGUGUGGAGGUGCUCUCAGGAACAGCUCUUGUGAUGUAUUGGUUCUACGCCAUCUCAUUCAUGUUGAUUGUCUUCUUCACUUUGCUGAACUUUUUCUUGGCAAUCAUUGUGGAUGCCUUUGUGGAUGUCAAGAAUUACACCGGGGAGUUGCGGGUCACGCAGAGUUUCUUUAGCGACCUUUGCUGGAUGCCCUGGAGCGCAUACCUCCACAGGAAGUACAAGCUGCCUCCCAGGAAGAAGCUGGUGAAAUACUUCACUGAAGCUUUGAAAUCCUACAACUCUGCUGAGAAAGGAGCAGAAAACAACAGCGGCUUCCCAUUGCUUUCAGCCCGGGCACUGAUCGAAGAGUUUGGUGUUGAAGAAGCUCCUAUAUGCCAAUGGCUGUGUCACAUCGAGAAACUCAGCACGGUACCAUUGAUUCACUACCACACCAGUGAUGAAGGAGUGGCAUCACGAGAAGUGGGAGAAGUGGUGGAGAACCAGCAUGAACCAGAAGAAGCAGAUGCGAACACCGUCUCCGACCAACGUUCGGAAUUGGGCGCCAAAAAUGCGCACACGAAUGCGGCCAGCCUUUGGAAAAAGGGUCAGAAGAAGACCCUGAAGUGCUGGAGGUCCACAUCUACCGAUCUUACUGGAAGGCUUUGCGAACUGGACUAUCGAAGAAGGGCUGCCCUAACGGGCAAUGUUGAUGCCAUGCUUCGCUUGGCUUCGUUGCAUGAGAACCUGGGCGAGGAGAACCAGGCACAGCACUGGAUCCGCAAAGCCAGUGAUGCCGGGAGUAUGCAAGCGAAGCACAGCAUCGCUUACAUCCAGGCCAAUAGUCCCAGCUCAGAAGAUCGAUCCAGCGCCUGCAUGGAGUAUUGCAAGCUACUGAAGCUUCAAGAUGAACCAGUGCUUGCACGAGGUCUGGCAUUCCUUCAGGUGAUGCGUUUGGGCAGCGAAGGUUUCGCCUGCUGUGAUCUUCCCAUAGCCAACCUGCCAUCCAAAAGCACCAUCUUGGCGAUUUUUGCAAGCACAACUGCAGCAGCUGUUUGCUUGGGACUGACCUGCAUGGUGGGCUGA